AAUGUCUAUGGCUGGUCCUGCUCACCUAAGCAAUACUUCUUACGUUACAACUAUUUUUACUACUAGUCUACAACAACGUUGUCACUUACCAGUUACCACAGAUCAAGAGAGAGAGAUAGAGAGACAAAGAUGAGGAAGAGCAUAAGCGAAGUUGGAGUGGAGGACUUUGUGAAGGCAGGGCUAACCAUAGAGGAGGCCAAAGAAUUCCAAAGGGUUCUCAAAGAAGCAGUUUUUGGAGCCAAAGGGUCUGACCCAAGAGAGGUUUGGCGAUCACUGGUGGCUCAAAGGGUGCUAAAGCCAUGGCACCCACAUGCGCUGCAUCAGCUAGUCUACUACUCGGUCUAUGCCAACUGGGACUCCCUCACCAAUGGUCCUCCUCUCUACUGGUUCCCUUCUCUAGAUCAGUCUAAACAUACAAACUUGGGACGUUUGAUGGAAAAGUAUGGUUCAAAGCUGUUAGGAACAUCAUACAAGGAUCCUAUUACAAGUUUCAGCCACUUUCAGAACUUCUCUGUUCAGCAUCCUGAGGAUUACUGGUCUAUUGUUCUAAAAGAGCUUUCAGUUUCAUUUCAUGAGGCCCCAAAGUACAUUUUAGAUACUACCGACAAAUCGAAACAAGGGGGAACGUGGUUUCCAGGUUCAGUUUUGAAUAUUGCUGAGUGUUGUUUGCUUCCUAGAACUCAUCCAAGAAAAGAAGAUAACAGUGUGGCUGUUGUGUGGAGGGAUGAAGGCUGUGAUGAUUCCAAUAUAAAUCACAUGACACUGAAAGAACUUCGAGAACGAGUAAUGUUGGUGGCAAAUGCACUGGAUGCAGUAUUUUCAAAGGGUGAUGCAAUUGCAAUUGAUAUGCCAAUGACAAUCAAUGCAGUUAUCAUAUAUUUGGCAAUUAUACUAGCAGGAUUUAUUGUUGUAUCAAUAGCUGACAGUUUUGCAGCAAAGGAAAUUGCAACUCGUUUGCGUGUGUCAAAAGCAAAGGGUAUCUUCACUCAGGAUUUCAUAUUAAGAGGAGGCCGAAAGUUACCUUUGUACAGUCGAGUUGUAGAAGCUGCUCCUUAUAAAGCUAUAGUGCUCCCUGUGAUUGGUAAUGAUGUGGGCUUGCAGUUAAGAGAACAGGAUUUAUCGUGGAAAGAAUUUCUUUCUAGUGCCAAUCACCAUCCAAGAUCAAAUAAUUAUAUUCCAAUCUAUCAACCAGUGGAAUCCGUGAUUAAUAUACUUUUUUCUUCUGGAACCACAGGAGAACCAAAAGCUAUUCCAUUGACACAACUUUCACCAAUUCGAUCUGCUGCUGAUGCAUGGGUUCACAAUGAUGUUCAAGUUGGAGAUGUUUUCUGCUGGCCCACAAAUUUGGGAUGGGUGAUGGGACCAUGUGUACUCUUCUUUUGCUUUCUAUGUGGUGCAACUCUUGCACUCUAUCAUGGAUCACCUCUUGGCCAUGGCUUUGGAAAAUUUGUUCAGGAUGCAGGAGUGACUAUUUUGGGUACAGUUCCCAGCAUAGUAAAAGCUUGGAAGAGUACAAAAUGUAUGAAAGGCUUAGAUUGGACAAGGAUAAAAUCAUUUGGAUCCACAGGGGAAGCAUCCAAUGUUGAUGAUGACCUUUGGCUAUCUUCAAAAUCUUAUUACAAUCCCAUUAUAGAAUUAUGUGGUGGCACAGAACUUGCGUCAUCUUAUAUCCAAGGAUGUCCUCUGCAGCCGCAAGCUUUUGGAACCUUUAGCACAGCAUCAAUGACAACAGGCUUUGUCAUCCUUGAUGAAAACGGGAUACCAUAUCAUGAUCAAGCUUGUGUUGGUGAAGUUGGUUUAUUCCCCCUAUACAUGGGAGCAUCUGAGAGAUUGCUUAAUGCUGAUCAUGAUGAAGUUUAUUUCAAGGGAAUGCCAAUGUACAAAGGAAUGCACCUCAGGAGACAUGGAGAUAUCAUUAAGAGAACUGUUGGAGGAUAUUUCAUUGUCCAGGGUAGGGCUGAUGACACUAUGAACAUUGGAGGCAUUAAGGUACCACAUAUUGCUCUUCCUGUGAUUUGAUCAUUUGAGAAUUACUCUAAUAUUUGUUGUGGACUAACCCGUGGAAGAAAACAAAGGUAUAAAUAUUACAUCAAACUAGAUGUGGACUUGCAUGAUGUGGGAAAAUAUGAAAUUAUUUUGUAAUGUGACAUAAUUAUAAUUUAUUUUAUGAAAUUUGCUGAAGAUACUAAAUUAGGAUUUUAAAACUAGGAUUAGUUGUCUUUAGAGGUAGACUCAUGUAAUCAAAGAGGUAUUCUUACACUUAAACAAUCUUCUCUUCUGAAUUUCUCCCUUUUUUCUCUUUCUUGAUUGCAUGCAAGUGUCACCCAUCUAUAUACAUUGACUCUCUCUUUCUCUCUCCAAAUGCAAUAAUUUUUGCUAGUAUUUUCUCCGUCUCCCUAUCUCUACAAAUGUAUCUGACGCAGGACAAACAAAAACCACUCAUUAGGAAAAUUAAAGAACAUGAAAAAUAAAGAUAGAGAACCUAGGAGUCAGCAGCACCAAGUAGCAAAAAUGCUCUAGAAGUUAGCACCUAGGGUUGGCUACAGUUAGUACUAGACCAUCAAGACAAUUUCAAGAGAAAUUUAUAUAUCAUAAAAAUAAUUCCCCUAAAAAAUAUGAUUACAUUAUUGUGCUUAUAUUAGUUAUAUAAUCUAUUGAACCCUAAUCCUAAUUCUCAUAGGAAACCUUGGUUCUAAUUAACGUAGGAAACUUCAUUCUAAAUGACUUUGGAAAUCCCAAUUAUUGAAUUUUAAAAAUAACCUAGUUAACUACUAAGACCUAAAGAAAAUACAAUUGGCUAAUGAAUAUUACAAUGGACUCCAAAAUGAAACAAGACUAAAUUAAAAUAAAUAUUUUGUGCGCUUCUAGGAUUAGCCUUUUCUAUUUACUCCUCCUAUUUCAAUUACUCUUUUAUUUGAAUGUUUUGGAUGUGUUUGGUUAAUUUUGUUCUUUUUAAAAAUGGUCCAUGUUCUUCUAACUUGUGUCAUAAUGGGCAAUAUCUUCUUAGAGUUUUCUUUGUACAACUGAACUUUACUUAGGUGCUAUCAAAGGCAAAAAAGAUAGAUUUGUAAUAAUCAUUUACUCAAAUAGUUGGGACGCGCAUUCAAAUGUGUAGUCAAGUAGAUUUGUUUUGAUAAACUCAAAUUCACACUUUCAAAACAACUAAUUAUAACUAAAACUAAAAUCAAAUUAAAGCCAUUAGAGGGAGAGAGAAGACCUAUGAUGGGGAAUUAUGAAACACAACACAAAAGCAUCAAAACACAUCAAUCUAAAGUAGAGCUAUAAAAAACACAAAAACUCCUAAACCCAAACAAGAACGAUUAAAAUAUUCACCAAAAGAAAGAAAAACAGAGAGAGAGAGAGAGAGAGAGAGAGAGAGAGAGAGAGAGAGAGAGAGAGAGAGAGAGAGAGAGAGAGAGAGAGAGAGAGAGAAAGUAAUCUCCUUUUUUUGUGGAUGAAUGUGAACUGAAUGGGAAUGAGAGAGAUACAAAAGGGGUAAUAGCAAAUGAGAAAAUGUUGCGCACAAACUGUUUUACACAAACUCUAAAAAACAAUUGAAACUGUGACUUGAAGUCAAGAUAAGUGGAAAUCGUGACUUCAAGUCAUGGUUUCAGUUGUUUUUUGGAGUGUGUAGAACAAUGUAAAACAAUUUAUAUGUAAUAAACACUACUCAUAGCAAAUUUAUCGAAAAGAAAAUGGAGAAAAGAAGAGUUAGAAAAGGUGAAAAAACGGUUGGAGGAAAAAUAACCGUAAAAUAGGAAAUAAUAGGGAGAAAGAGGGCCAAAAAGGACCGAGAAAUGUUGGACAAAGAAUGACAGUAAAGUGGUAAAUAAUGGGAAGAAGAAGGAUAGUCCAAUUUUUUUUUUUUGAGAAGAACUAAAAAAAAUGAAGGAAACAUAUAGCAUAUUAACAAAAUUAAUUUCUAAUCCUCUAUUAUUCAUAUAUAUAUAUAUAUAUUUGUAUAGAUAAAAAUGAGUUGCAUAAAGUACAACCGGAAAGGAAGCAAUUGAUUUUUGAAACUUGCAAUAAGCUUGACCUGACCGAGUGCUUUAAUAGGCAUGCAUGGACUAACAUCUGAAAUAUUGAAAACCUCGAAUAUUUGUUGAUAAACAGACAAGUUCUGUUGAAAUUGAGCGUGUAUGUGACCGUGCUGAUGAAUGCAUCUUGGAGACUGCUGCAAUCAGUGUUGCACCCGUAGA